AGUAACCGGACAGUCUCUGCCCUAGAGUCUAAAGGCUGGAUCCUGCAAACACGUCUGCAUCGUACCCCCCCGUCCCCCGGCGUAAACGGGGCUUUGUGCAGACUCGAGCCCCCCCGCAGAUCCAUGGCCUAAAAGACAAGAUUUAACAAGUGGAGGGGGAGAGAGACAGCAAUAAUGGGGCUGCCCCAAGCGGCCGCGCGGGGUGUCCGCGGUUAGCCCGGCGGUAGCAGGAACCCCAACCAGCGCUCCUGGAGCGGGGUUUGCUCUAUGUGACCCUGCAAACCCGGAGCACGGUCCAGGGCAGGGCCGGCAGAUCUGCGGGCGGGGGGAGGCGCCCCGCUGCGCGAGCCCGCUCUCUGCAGCCCGAGCCUGGGCCCGGCAGCAAAGGACACGGCGGCCCCGGCGCAGGCCGCCCGCCUCGCCGCCCCGCCCCCACGGGAGGCUCCGGCCCCGCCCCGCCGCGCUCAGACGGGACUGCCGAGGGAGCUGGUCCCAGCCUGAGGCGCCGCCGCCCCGAGCCCCUUUAACCCGCCGCCCAGGCUCGCUCCCCUCCCCGCUCUUGGUCCUUCCAGCAGCUGGAGCCGCCGCCAUGGUGAAAGUGUCGUUUAACUCCGCCUUGGCGCAGAAGGAGGCCGCCCGGAAGGACGAGGAGAACAGCCAGGUGCUCAUCCUGGGCCCGGACGCCAAGGACCCUGAAACUGUGGUGCCCGUUGGACAGAGGAGAGCUUGGUGUUGGUGUAUGUGCUUUGGAGUAGCUUUUAUGCUUGCUGGUGUGAUACUUGGUGGUGCCUAUCUGUACAAAUAUUUUGCAUUCCAGCAAGGUGGUGUGUAUUUCUGUGGAAUAAAGUAUAUUGAAGAUGACUUAACUCUGACUGAGCCUGAUGCACAUGCUCCAGCUGCUCGCUACCAGACAAUUGAGCAAAACAUUCAGAUCCUUGAGGAGGAGGAUGUUGAAUUCAUCAGCGUGCCUGUCCCAGAAUUUGCUGACAGUGAUCCAGCGGACAUUGUUCAUGAUUUCCACCGGAGACUCACAGCCUACCUUGACCUUAGCUUGGAUAAGUGCUAUGUGAUUCCUCUGAACACUUCAGUUGUUAUGCCACCAAAAAAUUUCUUGGAGUUGCUGAUCAACAUAAAGGCUGGAACAUACUUGCCUCAGUCCUAUCUGAUUCAUGAACAGAUGGUUGUUACUGAUCGCAUUGAAAAUGUGGAUCAGUUGGGGUCCUUUAUUUAUCGCCUAUGCCGUGGCAAGGAAACCUAUAAACUACAGCGCAAAGAAAUCAUGAAAGGAAUUCGAAAGCGUGAAGCCAAAAAUUGCCGAAAGAUUCGACACUUUGAGAAUAGCUUUGCUAUAGAAACGCUCAUUUGUGAACAGUAAUGAAGAAUAUUACUGUAACAGAAACUGAAAGAUUACAGUAUGAUCCCACUUCGUAUUGUGUGCAGUGAUUAUUUUUUAAAAUCUUCUUUUACGCAAGUAGUGGACAGGGCUUUAUUGCUGAACAUCUUAAACACUUUUCAUCUCAUGAUAAAUUUUAAAUAUGUUUUAGGGUUUUUUCUUCAAGUGUGGUGCCCUUUUUAUAUUUGAAUAGCAAUUGUAUAAAGUCUUAGUUACUAGUGCAUUUCAUGUGAUGAAUCUUGAAUACUAUGAGAAAGAUAAAGUCUCUGAAAUAUCUGCCAGUUUUAAUUAAGUAAAAUUGAAAAGAAUUAUUAAUCUGGAGAAAAAUAUGUACAGAUGGACUGAAAGAACUACUUCUAACUGUAAUACUCUGUUAUGUAGUUUGUUACAGCAUAUAGAUAAACGUAUAUUUCAGUUUCCCCUCACUAAAAUGUGCAAUUCGUUUUUUUAAAUAUUGUCAUAUUUACCUUUUCAGAUUGUUUUCCAACUAGAUGUUUUAAUAUGGCAAGGGUCUGCUGUAACUAUCUUUUAGAAAAUGUAAGGAAAUUAAGCAGUAACUUGUUACUAACUUUUAUAUAAUCCAUGUAUGUGCAAUGGAAAAUAAAUCUUACAAACCUGUUUGUCUAAAAGUCUUGUUGGGUUCUCUUUUGCUAUAAUUAAUUUAGGGAACAAUUAAUGCUUAUUCCUGUUAGGUUGGGUUUGCUUUCAUAUGUUCUAGAAUCACAGGAAUCCAUGUUGGUUCCAAAAUGGAGUUUUAUGCCCAUCUGAGCUAUACAUUUAUUUUCCCGCUCUUUUUAUUUCUCCUGGAGUUGUAAAUAACUUCCAGUCAAAACUGGUUUUAUCUAAGGAGCUUCCCUACGAGGCUUGCCGACUUUUCUAAGGGAUUUCCUAGGCCAGUGUAUAUAAAGCUGCCCUGAAUGUGGCCUCAGGGCUGUCCAUCUGAAUGGCAGCCAGGGACAGUCAUGGAUCAGGAGUCUUAUCUACAGGCAUCUAUUCAUCUUAAGGAUAGAAGGGCUGGGGAUUUUCCUCUAACAGCUUCCUCACCUGCAAGAAAAGAAGAAGGAGAAGAUAUCAUACCUUUGUCAUCAUCCGUUGCUGUUCUCUGAACGCAUCAUCUGCUUUAUCCCAUGGUCUCAAGAAACAUCUAAGGACUCCUCGGAGAUCCUCUCCAAAGGCUUAUCAUUAGCCAGAGGAUUGAGGUCCCAAGCACCCGCCUUCGCUUCGAUCUGGGAAGAAGGUUUUUAUACAUCUGUUUAUAGGGUUAAGUUGGGAUAAUCACUGUAUUGUGUCAGUUUGCUGUUUGUUCCCCUUCUUAUUUGUCCCACUCUUUGUUAUAAACCCUUCAAUACACUUUAUUUGAUUUUAUCUUU